CAUGCACGUCACUUCCCUAUCUCUUCAAAAAUCCAUUGUGGAUAUCAUAGCUCUUCUCUAGCUAUGUGUAUAUAUAAUUUUGCUCGGACACUCACAUUCUCUACAACUUUUGCAUGGAUUUUUGAAGCCACAAUAUAAACCCUUCCUCCUCGAUAUAUACUUCUAAUAUAUUUUUGUUUUUCCAUGGAGGCUGUGUCCAAUGGGUUGAGAAAAGGUGCAUGGACUGGUGAAGAAGAUAAUCUCUUGAGGCAGUGUAUUGAUAAGUAUGGAGAAGGCAAAUGGCACCAAGUUCCUUUAAGAGCUGGGCUAAAUCGAUGCAGGAAGAGUUGUAGACUAAGAUGGUUGAACUAUUUGAAGCCAAGUAUCAAGAGAGGAAAACUUAGUUCUGAUGAAGUUGAUCUUCUUAUUCGCCUCCAUAGGCUUUUAGGAAAUAGAUGGUCCCUGAUUGCGGGUCGAUUGCCUGGUCGUACCGCAAGUGACGUAAAGAAUUACUGGAACACCCAUUUGAGUAAUAAUCAUGAACCCUGUAAGCCCAAAAUGAAAAAGAAAAUCAUUACUUCCCCUCCUACCACAUCAGCCCAAAAGAUCGAAGUUUUAAAGCCUCGACCUCGAUCCUUCUCCUCAAAGAGCGGCUUUAGCUAUCUCAAUUGCUUUCCAAAAGUUGAUGUUAUUCCUCCAUGCUCUGGACUCAAGAACAAUAAUGUUUGUGGAAGUAGUAUCACAUGUGGCAAAGAAGAGAAGAAUUAUGAGUCUGUCUAUAAUCUAUUGGAUGGAAAAAAUAUAUGGUUGGAGAGUUUAUUAGAAGAGAGCCAAGAGGUAGAUGCACUGGGUCCAGAAGCUACGACAACAGAAACUGGGGCCACUUUGGCGUUUGACGUUGAACAACUUUGGAAUUUGUUCGAUGAAGAAACUGUGGAACUUGAUUAGUGUUUCUUUCCGGCUGUUCGCAUUUGUUUUCCUGGUGUGUAUAUUGAAUGUUUUUUUGUAGUAUCUAUGUAUUUUUAUGUUUGUAUUUUUC